CCUCCAUUUGUACACGAAGAAGGAUGCGGAAACGACGUCACUCGCCACUUUUAGCAACAAGCUAGCAGUCGAGUACUAACACCAAAACAAUUGUUUACGUUCACCUUUGACUGCGUUUUCUUCACAUUCUUGUCAACGCAUUAUAGUUGACGCGAACAAGAGUAGCAUGUAGCGGAGAAGCCAACAAGUUGAACUCCACUUGAACGUGUAUCAAGUCAUGGCGCCAAACAUCAGAUUUUAAUCUCAGAUUGUGGGGGCGGAAUCCUUUAAGUUUGGUGAGACGUGGUCAACGUCAGGCAGCAGCGACGGUGCGUGGGUCGCUGAGUAUUUAACGCCAGUAGCGGACCGGACCGGAGGCGACUUCCCUUCCUCGCUCCGAGCGGUGGUGAUGCUCGUCGUGGGUGCUUAAUGGGGCUCUUCAGGGUCAUGACGCCGCCCAAGUUGCAGCUUUUGGCCGUGCUGACAUUCGCUGUCACCAUGCUCUUCAUCGAGAACCAGAUCCAAAGACUGGAAGAGUCCAGAGCCAAACUAGAGCGCGCCAUGGCCAGACACGAGCUUUCCGAGGUGGAGCAGCAGCGCCACGGCGAAGACGGCCGUCGCGGCCUCUCGGAAGAGGACGACGAUGACGACGACACGGUGAUCAUCUAUAACCGGGUGCCCAAAACGGCCAGCACGUCCUUCACCAACAUCGCAUACGACCUGUGCGCCAAGAACCGCUUCCACGUGCUGCACAUCAACACCACCAAGAACAACCCCGUCAUGUCCCUCCAGGACCAGAUGCGUUUUGUUCACAACGUCACGUCCUGGCGAGGGAUGAAGCCCGGCUUCUAUCACGGCCACGUGGCCUAUCUGGACUUCUCCAAGUACGGCGUUAAGGGGAAGCCCCUGUACAUCAACGUGGUGCGAGACCCCAUCGAGCGCCUGGUGUCCUACUACUACUUCCUACGCUUCGGUGACGACUACCGGCCCGGCCUGCGGCGAAGGAAGCAAGGCGACAAGAAGACCUUCGACGAGUGCGUCGCUUCCGGUGGCUCUGACUGCGCCCCCGAGAAACUCUGGCUGCAGAUCCCCUUCUUCUGCGGACACCAGUCAGAGUGCUGGAACGUGGGCAGUCGCUGGGCGCUGGAGCAGGCCAAAUACAACCUGGUCAACGAGUAUCUCCUGGUGGGCGUGACCGAGGAGCUGGAGGACUUCAUCAUGAUCCUGGAGGCCACGCUGCCGCGCUUCUUCAAGGGUGCCACCGACCUCUACAAAACGGGCAAGAAGUCGCACCUGCGCAAGACCACCGAGAAGAAGGUCCCCACCCGGGAGACCAUCGGUAAACUCCAGCAGUCCAAAAUCUGGAAGAUCGAGAACGAGUUCUACGAGUUUGCACUGGAGCAGUUCCAGUUUGUGCGGGCGCACGCCGUCCGAGAGAAGGACGGCGAGCUCCUCGUGCUGCCGCAGAGCUUCUUCUACGAGAAGAUCUACCCCAAAGCCGCCUGAGGAGCAGCGGAGGGGAGGACCAAGACACACAUGCUGGAUUCCAGGACUGUUUACAGGUAAUAAAUAGUGUUGUUUUGUUUUCAUGAUGGGGUAAAACUGGACUGUGAAACACAACAAAAGCGACUUUAGCGUCGAUGAGCACAUUUCAAGUGGCUGCUGAGGAACUGCCAUGCUGGUCAAAAAGAUGAGGAGUAUUUUUAUACGAUACAUUUCUCGAGCUCGUUUACAGAAACGCACAGCGAGACUUCAAAGACAGCAGUGGAAAUGUGAACAAACUGCUUUUAAUGGAGCAAAUAUCAGGACCGUAAGCUCGCGUCGAACAACAUCGACAUCCGAAUGGUCUUUUGCACAAAUAUGGACCACGUGGGCCCAAGUAUUGGGACGCGGCUUUUAAGCGAUGCGUCAAUUCGAUGCGACGUCCGUAAAGCUGCGGUUCACGUCAAUCAAUAUCGGCAGGCGUCUUAGAGCACAGAUAUUUUACAGACUUGUCACCUAUAAGGCUUGAAUUUCCCAAAACGUAUAUACCACGGUCGGUGUCUGUCUGUUUGUUUGUUUUCAUGAGGAGGUCUUUGUCCCAAUACUUUUGACUCUGUAUCGUGCCAUCAUCGGCAGUCGUCCAUCUUAGGGUCGAUUUUUGGAGCGUGACGAUACAUGCGGUGAGUUCAGGGUCGGAGAUAUGAUUGUGCCUUUUUAUGGGGAUUAUUAAUAUGAUCGCCUUCUCGUGUUGGCACUCAAAACAAUCAUUUUUGAUUUUCUUUUCUUUUUCUUUUUGGUAUUUCAUCAUGUCCACUUCCAUUUCAGACAUAAACACCUACCGACAAACGUUGUCUUGGUUUUUCUUACCGUGCUUUGUUACAGACCCAGCCCAAUAGAUCUUUAUUUGCGCAGCUUUGGCUGCGACAAAAUGCUUUUCAGAACAUUUAACAAAAUAACCAUCAUACAACAGAACCUGUGACAUCAAACAUCGACAAUUACACGAGCAUAA